UUCAGUUAGCAUAAUUUCCUUGUUGCAUAAUACUUUCUGCCCAAAAAAGAAACUACAGCCUUUGCUUUCAGCUUUUUCUUUAGCAUUAGUCUUUACACAAGAGAGUGUAUAUUUUGUGCACACAAACCUCCAAAUCGCCUUUCAAAUAUAUACAUGGAGAGAACAAAGUCAUCCGUUGCACAAAUUCAGGCUCCUACUUAUGGAAACUUAGUAACCGUUCUUAGCAUCGAUGGGGGUGGUAUUAGGGGCAUCAUUCCUGCAACCAUUAUUGCUUUCCUUGAAUCUCAGCUUCAGGAGUUGGAUGGUGAGGAUGCAAGGCUUGCAGACUAUUUUGAUGUGAUAUCAGGAACAAGCACGGGAGGUCUUGUAACCGCUAUGUUAACUGCUCCUGAUCAAAAUAGUCGUCCACUUUUUGCUGCCAAAGAUAUCAAGCCCUUUUACAUGGACCACUGCCCCAAAAUUUUCCCACAAUAUAGAGGAUUUUGUGGGACAAUAUUAGCAAAGGUAGUAAGAUCUCUGGGAGGACCCAAAUACGAUGGGAAAUACCUGCAUGGGGUCGUCAGAGAGAAACUUGGAGACAUUCGCUUGCAUGAGACUCUCACCAACGUUGUCAUUCCCACCUUCGACAUAAAGAGCUUGCAACCAACUAUUUUCUCAUCUUAUCAGCUGAAGAUGAACCCCUGCCUGGAUGCUAAACUCUCAGACAUAUGCAUCAGUACAUCUGCUGCACCUACUUAUCUACCUGCUCACAACUUCAAGAACCAUGAUUCAAAAGGGAACAUGCACGAAUUCAACCUUAUUGAUGGUGGUGUUUGUGCAAAUAACCCGACUUUAGUUGCGAUCAACCAAGUGACAAAGCAGAUUAUUAAACAGGAUCCUGAUUUCUUUCCAAUAAAGCCUAUGGAAUAUGGUCGGUUCCUAAUAAUAUCAAUAGGGACAGGCACAGCAAAAAAUGAGGAAAAAUUCAAUGCACAAAUGGCAGCCAAAUGGGGUCUAUUGGACUGGCUAACUCAUAGUGGUUGUACUCCCUUAAUCGAUGUUUUUACUCAAUCUAGUGCUGACAUGGUCGAUUUCCAUUUAUCCACUCUCACUCAAGCACUUCAUUCUGAAGAUAAUUACCUUCGAAUUCAGGAUGACACAUUGACCGGAACAGAUUCUUCAGUUGACAUUUCUACAAAGGACAACUUGGAUAAACUUUGCCAAAUUGGUGAAAAUCUAUUAAAGAAACCAGUCUCUAGGGUCAAUUUAGAUAAUGGUCUAUUUGAGCCACUUCAAAAAGGGGAAACCAAUGAAGGUGCUCUCAAAAGGUUUGCAAAAAUACUUUCACAGGAGAGGAGACUCCGUGAAAUGAGAUCCCCACACACUAAAAAGGCCUUCUAGUCCCAUUUCCUCGUCUUAUAUUUUGCAGAGGCAUUUGAUUCCAUCAUCUUCAUUGAUUCAAUUAUUGUUCAGAUUUGUUGCUCAUAGAACAAAACAAGUUUUAGGUAGAGGUCAAAAAUAGAAUCGUUGAUUAAAAAAAUUUGUAAUUUCAGUAUUUAUUUAUUUAUUUAGUUUGCGAGCUUAUAGAUGUAUCAGUUGUAAAUCUACUGACAGUAAUAAAU